CUUCUGGCCCGAUAAAAGGCUCAUUACUUGUCGAAAAAACACAUUGCCCACUCGAGAGGCUCUAUCGGCUGAGGCAUUGACGCUUGCCCGCGGCCCCGUCCCACCUCCCAGCAGAGCUUGUCAAUUUUGUCACUGGAGCUACUCGUGCACACUAGGUUAUCCCCCACCACCCCGGGCACCAGAGUCAGUCAGUCACCUAAAUCGGAGACAGGCUCUGCCCCAGUUUCUCUGCUCCUCCUCCACCACCACCACCACUUCCCGCACGUCGACUCUGCAGACUGCGUCGUCCUCACCAACCCCGACCCUGAUCGACGACAAGACCACGGCUCAAUUGGCCGUGGGACGACCGAUUCUAGGCCUCCGUCAACUCUAGACGUCCAAUUCCCGCCUCCUACCCACCGAAAUCGAUCAUAAUGCUUCCCGUCCGUGUAGCACGCGCUGUCGCCCUGCGGGCUGGUGCUCGCCGGGUCGUCCCUCGCGCUGCUCGAUUCGCCCCUUCGACCCUCGCUGCCCGGUCCGUCAACCAGCGCGCUUCCUACUCUGCUUCACGGACCAAUGACUCGACUACCCGUGCCGCCGUCAUCCAGGUGCUCAACAACAUUGGCUCCAAGCGUGAGGUCCAGCAGUACCUCUCGCACUUCUCCUCCGUUUCCCAGCAGCAGUUCGCUGUCAUCAAGGUCGGUGGUGCCAUCUUGACCGAGCACCUCGACGAGCUCUGCUCCUCCCUGUCCUUCCUCUACCACGUCGGCCUCUAUCCCGUCAUUGUACACGGAGCUGGCCCCCAGCUCAACAAGCUGCUCGAGGAGGCUGGUGUCGAGCCUCAGUUCGAGGAGGGCAUUCGUAUCACCGAUGGCAAGACUCUGGGCGUUGCACGCAAGCUCUUCCUUGCCGAGAACCUGAAGCUUGUCCAGCGCCUCGAACAGCUCGGUGUUCGAGCCCGCCCCAUCACCUCGAGCGUUUUCACCGCCGACUAUCUCGACCAGGACAAGUGGAAGUUCGUGGGCAAGAUCACCGAGGUCAACAAGGAGCCAGUGCAGACCGCCAUCGAGAAUGGCUACCUGCCCAUCCUGACGUCCAUGGCUGAGACUGCUGAGGGUCAGGUCCUGAACGUAAACGCCGAUGUCGCUGCCGGAGAGCUCGCUCGUGCUCUCGAGCCGCUCAAGGUUGUCUACCUGAGUGAGAAGGGUGGUCUCUUCGAUGGUGAUGCCAAGAAGAUUUCUGCCAUCAACCUCGACGAGGAGUUUGACCACCUCAUGGCUCAGCCCUGGUGCAAGUUUGGCACUCGCCUCAAGAUCAAGGAGAUCAAGGAGCUUCUCGAGAACCUCCCUCGGUCAUCCAGUGUUGCCAUUAUUCACCCCGCUGACCUCCAGAAGGAGCUGUUCACCGACUCUGGAGCUGGUACUCUGAUCCGUCGUGGCAACAAGCUGCUGACUGCCACCAGCCUUGAGGAGAUGGGCGACCGCAACAAGCUGAAGGAGGUUCUUGUUCGCGAUCGUGAGGUUCGCGAUGCUCGGGCCACCGUCGACCGCUACCUUGAGUUCCUCGAGGGCCGCGACUUCAAGUCAUACUACGAUGAGUCAAUGAAGGCUCUUGCCGUUGUCCUGAAGCCUGCAGCUGACGAGGGUUACUCGACCCUGGCCACUCUGACCAUCACCAAGUCGGGCUGGCUCUCCAACGUUGCUGACAACUUGUUUGCUGCCAUCAAGAAGGAGAACCCCAGCCUGGUGUGGACCGUCAAGGCUGACGACGAGAACUUGACUUGGUUCUUCGACAAGGCUGACGGCAGCAUCGUUCGCGGCAACGACAUCAUGUUCUGGUACGGCAUCGCCCCUGGCGAGAACCUCAACAAGCUCAUGAAUGAGUUUACUGCCCAGGGUCGUGCAAUGCUCGGCGAGUCUAACCUGGAGUCGCGCCUCCACCGCGCGGCCCAGAUUGCUUCUGGCAACCUCAAGGCGCACUUUGCCUCGGGCUCCGUUGCCAACCAGGCUCGUGGCUACUCGACUCUCGCUCGUCGUCCUGUCAUGGGCACUGCCCGGUCGAGCGCCUUUGCUCCCCGUGCUGCCCGCGGAUAUGCCACCACAACCAACCCCAACCCACCUUACGGCAAGAAGCACGCCUCUAACGACCAGCGCUCUCGUGUCGCCCUCAUCGGCGCUCGCGGAUAUACCGGUCAGGCCCUGAUUGACUUGAUCAACUCUCAUCCCAACUUCGAGCUUAAGAACGUCUCUUCACGAGAGCUCGCUGGUCAGACUCUGAAGGGCUACAACAAGAAGGAGAUCGUCUACGAGAACCUCUCGGCCGACGAUGUUCGCGAGAUGGAGAAGAAUGGUGAGAUCGAUGUCUGGGUCAUGGCUCUGCCCAAUGGUGUCUGCAAGCCGUUCGUGGAUGCCAUCACGGAAGCCAAGCAGGCGGCGCCUCGCGAGGAUAGCAGCGUCAUUGUUGACCUGUCUGCCGACUACCGCUUCGACUCGAGCUGGACCUACGGUCUUCCCGAGCUCGUCAAGCGGUCUGCCAUUGCCCAGGCCACCCAGAUUUCCAACCCUGGCUGCUAUGCUACUGCCGCCCAGCUCGCCAUCGCCCCGCUCGUUGAGCACCUGGGUGGCGAGCCGACCGUGUUCGGUGUCUCUGGAUACUCGGGUGCUGGCACCAAGCCGUCGCUCAAGAACAAUGUCGAAUACCUGACCAACAACAUUGUCCCCUACAGCCUGACGGAUCAUAUCCACGAGCGUGAGAUCAGCAACCAGCUCGGUGUCAACAUUGGCUUCAUUCCUCACGUCGCUGUCUGGUUCCAGGGUAUUCACCACACCAUCAACAUCCCCCUGAACAAGUCCAUGACCUCGCGUGAUAUCCGCCAGAUCUACCAGGACCGCUACGCCGGCGAGAAGCUGGUCAAGGUUGUUGGCGAGGCUCCCCUUGUCAAGGCGAUCAGCGGCAAGCACGGUGUCGAGAUUGGCGGCUUUGCCGUCCACAGCUCCGGAAAGCGCGUCGUCAUCUGCGCCACAAUCGACAAUCUGCUCAAGGGAGCAGCCACUCAGUGUCUGCAGAACAUGAACCUGGCUCGCGGCUACGCCGAGUUUGAGGGCAUCCCACCCAUGGACUAAGUUUUCAUACAGCAAACCAGGAGGAUCAAUCAUGUUUAGGACUAGAGUCCUCGAAAAUGUUUUUUUUGACGGGUGUAAAGCUAGGGUUGACCGGCUUUUUGAUUAUCGGGCAACUGUUGUACAUAUUAGGUCAGGUGACGGGGUGAUUAUGUCUACUUGCUAUCAAUGGGGGCAGCAGGAAAGAAUACCAAAAAGUUCAAAGCUCAA